GAUAUUUCUAUAAAUAAUCAAGCACGCCGAUCUGCAAUUAUUUUGUUAUUUUCAUAACGAGUGAUAUUUUAAAAUCAUUUAACUGCAAAUGGAGGCUAUUUUUCACGAAAAGCAAGAAGGAUCACUAUGUGCUCAGCAUUGUCUGAAUGCACUGCUUCAAGGUCCAUAUUUCUCUGCUGUAGAUCUAGCAGACAUUGGUAGACAGCUAGAUGAGUCAGAAAGACAGCAAAUGGCAGAGGGGGGUACAGAAACAGAGGGGUAUCAGCAUUUUAUAAAGCAACCGUCCAAUAAUUUUGAUGACAGCGGGUUCUUUUCUGUACAAGUGAUAGAUAAAGCAUUAAGUGUGAUGGGACUGGAGCUUAUAUCAUAUACCUCACAAAACUACAUAGCGAAGGAGGCUCGUGCUGAUCCAACACGGAUGCUGUCAUACAUCUGUAAUUUUGGCGAGCACUGGCUGACUGUACGUAAGAUAGGAAAUCAGUGGUUUAACUUGAACUCACUACUGACGGGUCCUGAACUUAUAUCUGAUACAUAUCUGAACAUGUUCCUAACACAGCUACAACAAGAUGGAUACUCAAUAUUCAUUGUGAUCGGGGAUCUGUCAGAAUGUGAAGCAGAUCAGUUGCUCCGCCUCUGUCCGGCUGUUCAGCCAAUCAAACCACAGCUUAUAACAGAUAAUGUGCAAUCACGAGCUGGAAAAGGCGGGGCUUCAGGUGGAACUGGAGGGCGGGAGGAAGACCCAGAGGUAGAAAAGGCUCUGCAGGAAAGCAAAAGUAUGAUAGAAUCAGAUGAUGUCUCCUUACAACGAGCUCUGCAGAUGAGUAUGGAAGGUUAUAUAGAGGAGUCUGUUAGCAGAAUUGAGACCGCAUGUCAUUCUGGGGAAUCUAGUUCAGGUCCGUCCACUUCAACUGCACAAGAUAAACCUAGCACAAAUACUGAUAAAAGUAAUCAAGAGGAGAGUACAUCAGGUUAUAAGCUAGGUGGCACCACAGAUCAGUCACAUGAACUAGCAGAAGUUGAAAAGCCAGAUGCAGAUGAAAUGAGACAAAAAAGACUAGCUUUUUUAAGUAAACUAGGCAGUCAGACAGACUCUAGUGAACAAAAUCAAGACAAGGAUACCAAAGAGAAUUGUUCCUGUGAUAACCCAUCAGAUGUGACAGUGAAUGGAACAAAUACAGAGACUGAAGUUUCAGAGUUGUCAGAAGAGGAGAUGUUAAAGCAGGCUAUAGCAAUGUCCAUGAGUCAAGAUACAUAGCAACAGAUUCUGAUAUAUCUAGAUAGACUAGAGACUAUAACUCUCUCUUCCAUUGCCUAAUGCUCUAAAAAAAAGUGUAGAUUAAAAAUCACCAUGCUAAAUCAAAGUUCAAGUAAAAAUGCUUAGAUUCUACAACUUCGAUAACUAACUGUAACUUCCUGAAAUAGCUAAAAUGACAUUUCAUUGCUUCCAAAAUAUGGCCCAGACCACUCUGCUCUUCCGUGCUGUUAAACACGUGUUUAUAUUGUUGCCUGCUCAAAUUUAGCAUUUUAAAUGCGAAAUCCCCAAGCUCACCCCUCCCCUACCCUCCCCUACCCUUCCCAACCCU